AUGAGUUCAUCAACACCAAAACCAAUAACACUUGAAGGAAGUUGUCAUUGUCAACGUGUGAAAUAUUCAGUUGAUUCAUAUACUCCUUAUCCAUUUAUGAUAUGUCAUUGUCUAGCUGAUACAAAAACAGCUGGUGUAUUUAAUUGCAAUAUUAUGGGUGAAUAUCCAACAUUGAAAAUUAAACAAGGCAAAGAAUUUAUUAAAAUUUAUCAAGUUAAAUUAUGUGACACUGAAAGUGGUAGUGAAGAAAAAUCAAGUACUAAAUUAAGCAAUCAUAAACGACAUUUCUGCAGUGAAUGUGCUUCAUAUCUUUGGGCUCAUUGUGAUGACUAUCCACAAUGGGUAUAUCCAUUUGCAUCAUCCAUUGAUACACCAUUACCAAUACCUGAUGAAUAUAUUCAUAUAAUGACAGAUUUCAAACUUAAUCAUGUAGAAGUUCCAAAAGGAAAAAAUAUUCAAAGUUAUCCACGUUAUCCAGAUGGUGGCAGCAUUGAAGAAUGGCACAAAGAACAUGGUCUUUAUGGAACUUAUACAAUCAAGAAAUAA